AUGUCGCAACACCGCAAUGAAAGUUUUGGUUCCAAUGGUGAGGUCGACGCGGAGGUGGUCUCGGAACUACGAGAUCGUUUGACUGAAGUCUCUAUAAAAUGCUCUGAGCGUUGCUUGUAUCAGUCGGCCAAAUGGGCAGCCGAACUCCUCAAUUCACUUCCAGAGGACCAUGACCAUGACGACGACGAUUCCCAGAUGCGAGAUACGAACAAUGUCCAAUCUUCAUACCGCGUAUUCUCUACGAGCUACGAUGAUCCGGAGGAAGCAAUGUUGGAGGCCAAGGAAGCGCCCAAGUAUCUGCUUGCAAAGGCUUUGUUCGACACCAAAGAGUUCGACAGAAGUGCCGCCGUUUUCCUCCCGCCAGCGAUCCCAGCAGGCGGUCUUGCAAUUUUUGACAAGCAAAAAAGUCGAACACCCAUGUCAACGCCUUCUCGAUACAAGAGUAAGACAAAACAGGCGGAUUCGACGACUGCCAACCCAUAUCCACACCUAAGCCAGAAAUCCCUUUUUCUGGCCCUCUAUGCACGCUACCUGUCGGGGGAGAAGCGCAAGGAAGAAGAAACUGAAAUGGUCUUGGGUCCUGCCGAUGGAGGACAGACUGCGAAUCGAGAGCUGCCGUCCCUAGCCCGCGGCCUGGAGGCAUAUUUUCGAAACCGCGACGCCGCAGAUCCGACACUGAAGCGCUCCCAAGGGUGGCUAGAAUACCUCUAUGGCGUGGUGUUGUCCAGGUCACGGCAGGAGUCUCUCGCACACCAGUGGCUUCUGCGAUCUGUCCGGCUGAAUCCCUACCAUUGGGGCGCCUGGGAAGAACUCGUUUCUCUCCUGGCCUCCGUGGAUGAGCUCUCUACACAACUUACAACCCCGUCUGUCCUCCCUUCCAAUAUCAUGUCUAUAAUGUACCAGGCCGUCGCAUCCGUCGAGCUCUUCUCGACCACGGAUCAGUCCACGACCGUCUCCUACCUCCAGACGCUCCUGUCCUACUUUCCCACAUCAACCUUUCUGCUCACCCAGCUCGCGACCCUCCAUUAUCACGCGAAGGAUUAUGAUGCCGCGGCCUCCAUUUUCGAGGACCUGCUGGUCACGCAUCCUCAGCGCCUGGAUGGCCUGGACCAUUACUCCAACAUUCUCUACGUGAUGGCCGAUAGAACUCGCCUUGCGUUCCUGGCCCACCUUGCCACGUCCAUUGACAAAUUCAGACCCGAAACCUGCUGCGUUGUCGGCAAUUACUAUUCUCUCUGCUCGCAGCACGAGAAGGCCGUCAUGUAUUUCCGCCGUGCAUUGACCUUGGACCGAAACUUCCUCGCUGCCUGGACCCUCAUGGGCCACGAGUACGUCGAGCUCAAGAAUACGCAUGCGGCCAUCGAAUCCUAUCGACGCGCCGUGGAUGUCAAUCGCAAAGACUACCGCGCCUGGUACGGUCUAGGUCAGGCGUACGAGGUGCUCGACAUGGGCUUCUACGCUCUCUUCUACUACCAGCGGGCCGCGGGCUUGAGACCGUACGACCCCAAAAUGUGGCAGGCCGUCGGGUCAUGCUACGCGAAGAUGGACCGGCUGGACCAGGCCAUUCAGGCCUUCAAGCGAGCCUUGGUUGCGGGGACGUAUUUCGAUGACGCGGGAAGCACGCAAGGCAGCUUUUCGACGGCCGGCAAGGGCAAGGGGCUCCAGGCGACGCAAUCCAGAAAACUCCUCGACCCGGACACGCUCUAUCAGAUCGCGCUGCUUUGUGAACGGAAAGCCGGGGCGUCGGGCGACGCCGAGGCCGCCAAGUACAUGGAGUUGUGUGUCGCGCAAGAAGUAGGUGGCGGCGUGGUAAAAGAUCCGUCUCGGGGGGACAAGAUAUCGGCGGGAAAGAGAGCCCGAAAAGAGGCCAGGCGCCGUACGGUAUCUACAGCGGAGGCUGCGGUCGACGAUGAUGUUGUCGUUGGAACAGGCGACGGGGACGACGACACGGAGAUAAUGUCUUCGGAUCACAGCGAAGGAGACGAAGACGGCCACGAUCGCGACGCCGACGAGCCGGAGGCGAACCGGGACGGCUUCGGGACUGGAACCACGGCGACCACGUCCAAGGCCCGCCUGUGGCUCGCGCGCCGGAGUGUCAGGACGGGCGAUCUGGAUCGGGCGGAGAGAUUGGCGGAGGAACUGUGCAUGGACGGCUACGAGGUCGAGGAGGCGAAAGGCCUGGUCAGAGAGGUGAGAGGACGGCGAGGGGGAGUGGUGGGAGGCGAUAUGUGA